AUGACUUGGGCGGAGUUCGUCCAAGAUUUUAGUAAGAAGUAUUACAGUCUAUCUGUGCUCGAAACUAAGGUUGACGAGUUUCUAACAUUGGUACAGGGGAAUCUGUUGGUCACUGAUUAUGCACAGAAGUUCGAUCAAUUGGCUAAAUUUUCUCCUGAAGUGGUGCCAAAUGAUGCAUUGCAAGUUCAGAGGUUUGUAAGGGGACUCAAACCGAUGAUCGCAAGGGACGUUAGGAUGACCAGUGCUGAAGUGGUCAAUUAUGCAGAAGUACUAGAUAGAGCUCUUGAAGCUGAAUAUUUGGAAGAACGGAUAUGGAAGGAUAAUGCCGCUAGAAGAGAGAACAACCGAAACAAGAGCUUCCAGGAGGGCAACAAGAGAAAGGCUAAUGAAGGGCAGAAUAGUGGCGCUGAUAAGAGACCCAGAUUUCCAGCCACAAAUAGCAACAAUCACAACCCUCAGAACCACAGCAACUACAAUAAUCGCUUCAAUGACCGGAAUCGUGGGAACCAGAAAACAACCGAGUAG